ACACAUAAUUGGGGCAACAAAGCUCUCGAAAACUAUGCAUGGAUAUGAAGACUUUUGGCCAGCUGUUUGGGCAGAUUGCACGUGUUUACCCCCCCACCCCGCACACAGACGAGACAGAGAGCUUGUCGUGGGCUCGUCCGCUUUUCUUUUAACUGCCGGGUUUGUUAAAAACGUAUUUUGUGAUUUUUCGAGCAACCAGUGUUUGUUUACAAGUUCUUCCCACGCUGCACGCGCCUGCCCUGCAGUACCUCCGCUCCUCGUCCCACAGUAUGAAAACCUCUGGAUCUGUACAGUCUAUGCUCUGGAUGCGCCAUACUACACAGUUACUUUCCACACAUCACUUCCACUUUCGUGAUAUCAUGUUAUGUAUCGCUACGUCAUCUGUCGUUUCCCUUUUCCAAAAGUUUCCACAGCUACGCCCUCUCGUCUAUAAAACAUCUCAAUAUGCGGAAGUAGACCUUAUUACAACCAUCGCCGCCACACUUCUUUAUGCUCUCUCCGCCGACAACAUGAACUUCAAAGUUACUAACCCCACAUUUAGGCUUUUUGCAGUCGCAUUCUCAGCUCUUGCAGUGAUGCUUGCAGCUGCAGCAGAUGCUUCACCAGAACUAACCUGCAACGUCACCAAAACACCAGAUGGGUUCCUUCACCUACUGUCCCGCUCCUCCGAUUGUAAUACCAGCUGGGUGGACAAAAAUGGAGUAGUCCUCGCCCGGAACCAGGUCUACGAUAAAAAUAAAGUCCAGAGCCUGACGGACCAGUCCCUCACCUCGAAACUAUGCCACGACAACAUUGACUAUACAAGCACCUGUGGUUCAAAUUCGGAUUCCUCAAAGGACAACAGACUGACCGACGAGAGAGCCCACUGCACAUACACCUGCAGCAGCCCUAUCUGGGAUCCUAAGGCCUCUCAACCAACCCCAGUGACCCCUAUGGCGAAUCAUAAUCAUAAUCUGACCUGGCAAAUUCUGCUUGGUGUUGUCAGUGUCGGUGUCGGUGUCCUCAUGGCUGUGAUCUUGUACAUCAAAUGCAGAAAGAAAAAAGCUUGUCGACCUGUGGUGAAUUAUAUUGAGGAACAGGAUGUCAUGGUGGAGAUGGCGGACGUCAACUAAAAGAUAAAAACAGACCUCUAGUCUAAAUUUGACCACUGUUUUUCAUACUGUAUGUAAUGAGGUCAGUGCCUUACAGACAAUAGAGGGCUACAUAUACACAAAAUGUUAACCGGAAAUGUUUAUAUAUAUGGGAUUUGUUACAUUAUAAUGUUUUUUUAAGUAACAGAGAGAGGAAGGAUGAAGGCAUACAGGCAUUGCAUAUGAAGUGUGAUUGCACUUUGUUCCGAAGUCCAGGAGCCAAAAAGAGACGAGCUAGCUGUUUAAAAAGUUCAUGGAAAAAUAACAAGAUUUAUGUUAUUUUUUUAAAGAAGAAAGAAAUGGUGCUUUUGGAGUCAGAUUUGCUGAAUAAUCAGCAAACCACUGUGCUUGGUCAUCCUUUUCAAGGGGGAAUCAAGCAGGAAAACCUUUGUGUGACCUUUUGUUAGCUUCCCAACACAACGUCAAUUCCAUUAGUUAGAAUCCCCCACUUAAAUAUCAACUUUAAAGUGGACCUAUCAUGCUACAUUUAAAUGAUAUAUUGUAGGGCCAUACCUAUAUAAGGUAUAU